UUUUGGUAGUUUAUAUCUCAGUUUUGGUAUUUCUAGAAGAAAAAGUACAAAAUAUAUUUUGUUCAAGUGUAGAAACUAUAUCUUUGCCUUAAAAUUUUUUUUUAUUAUUGAUAUUUUUAUAUGGUAUAAAAACCAUAUAUAAGGCUUACUGCUUUUUAAUCUUUUUUUUUUUUUUUUGAUAAAUGCUUACUGCUUUUUAAUCUUUUUUUUUUGAUAAAUGCUUACUGCCUUUUAAUCUCUUGGGCACGGGGCUUUCUUCUUGAAUAUUACGAUUAAUUAAAUAAGUAGCAUGCGCGCAUGAGAUGGGGUUGUAGUGCGAGACAGUAUGGGAGUGUCAUGGGGCAAUCUACCUCCAUCACUAAUGCCUCCUCCAGAGGAAGGAUAUCCACCUCUUCCCUUUGUGGAUUGGGGAUAGCUUUGCCACCUCAUUUGGGAACCUUUGCUAUGAUUCGAGUAAUAUAUAUAUAUAUAUAUAUAUCUAGUUUUACCUAUCAAAAAUUAUAAAUCCUUCCAUCUUAUCUGGCACACUUAUUCGAUGUUGCUGAUAUAGUGACACAUUGUAUUUCAAGAUUUGUCAUGCAGCUUAUGUAUGUCAUUCAUGAAUGAAGCUCGUUGCUAAAUUUAUCCUGUGUUGAUUGAAAAAAAAAAAAAAAGAACUCUUAAACAAGUAAUUUGUUAUGUGUGUAUACUUUUUUACCCCAGUGGUGACCUCUGACUUGGUUCAUGAUACUUGGUGCUCCUCCUAGAAUAAUUCUUAGACAGGUCAUUCUUAGAAUUUGCCCAUCGAAUCCUUCUCAACAACUACAUAUGAGAACUUUGCAAAGGUAAAAGGUACAUUUGUACCCAAAUGCAUCACUGAGCCCAACAUAUGGGUGUCAAAGAAAGGAUGCUCUGAAUGUCAUCAUUCAUGCUGAAGAGUUGUACAUUAUAGCUGGUUUGUUUAAAUUUUGGUUGAAGACUUUGGGUUGAAUCUCGUCCACUUUUACCCAAUUGAUACUUUGCUCUGUUUGCUCAUAUUUUCUUGUUCCUUCAUUAAACACUUCUCUUUUUGUCUUGAUGCCCAUGUGAUGUUUCUGUGUGAGGGGGGUAAGUUUUGCUUCAUCACAACAAAGAUGACACAGGCAAGGCUGGGAAACUUCACUUACAUUGUGUUCCGUGGACAAAAUGAGUAUGUCUGCACCUAUGCUUUAAUUGCUCAACCUAUUUUCAACAUAUUCCCCACUUAAGAACCAUCUGGCAAUCAGGGGCAUCUGCGGCCUGAUCAACCCCUUAGUAUUACAGUAAAAACUGAAUGAGGUCGUUGCAUUCAUUACAUGCUGGAAUGGGUUACUACAAUGCUGCUAGUGUUGGCACUAGUGCUAGGAAAGUGAUCCAUCAUAAACUUGGUACAUUUGAGUUGUAAUUGGUUCGUGUGAAAUUUUAUUCAAAAUUGGAUCAAAAAGUGAAGAGCUAGAUAGUUUGCUAGAUUCAUGAGAGCUGUGGUCGAUUGAGCCUUGCAUAGGGAUCCCGGAUCUUGCUAGACAGGUGUAGGACAUGUCAUUAAGUGAACUGACUUGCUACAGGUGGGUGAGUGAGAUAUCCCGGUCAAGCAAACUAACUCGCUUGAUGUGCGUGAAACAUUUUGAUCAAGUGAAUUUGCCUGAGUUUGAUUUUAACGAGGUUUCUGAAAUUCAGUUGUAACUCUUAUUUGAGCUGGACGAAUUUAUUCUAAUUGUGGACACUGAGCACAUUUUUUGAAAUCCUAAUUUGUUUCUUGUGAGAGCAUUAAAGUCAAAACAAUUCUCUCUCUUAUACAAAGACCAUUAGGAAGAUUGAAGAAUGCCAGAAGGUUCAACAUCCUAUCUUUUUGGGAACAUUCAUAAGGGUAAGUGGGCUGCAGAAAUAGACUGGCUUCCUAUUGCAUUUCUCAGAGGUACCGCUGCAUUAGUUACAUGCCAAGUCCUUCAACGAAGUGCUAGAAAAAUUUUCGCCAAAGAUGAUGGCAGUUUUGCUACUAUCAAGCACAUUUGACUCUUCGAGAAGGUUCUGGACCUAUUGGCGUUGUGCUACUAAUGAUGGUACAUCAUCUCAUGCCGCCGCCCACACUUUGCACUAAAAUAAUAUGAUUUAUGUUUCGUCGUUCUGGGCAUUUUCCUCCACCACCUUACUUUUGGAGCUCUCACUUCUCCACCUUCUACUUUCAAAGUCUGAAUCACUUCAUAAAAUUGACAAAAAGAAAAACCAAGUGGGCUAUAGGCAUGGUCAGAUGUCAGUAAAUGAAGCCGAAGAAGGUCCUCUCGCAACAAGGAGGCUAUUGGUCAGUGGAUUGAGUUUCUUAUGUAUAAGGCUUUGUUGUUGACCUACAUAUAAAAUGUGACAUAAAAUAUUAUAAUAUUUCGAGAAAUCGAAAGUGGGUGUCUCUGUUCAUAUGCAAUGGCAAAGAAACUGGAAAGGUGAUCGAUCGCAUUUUCGGCAUGCUGUGGACGGACUAAAACUAGAAUUUCAAAAGAGAUGCUUAUAUUCCUUUUGGAAUUGUCCAUCUCUAAUCACACCAAUUGAUGUAUUGUAUUUUUAGUGAUUUUUUAUUUAAGUGGUUGAUUAAGGAAACUAAUUUACCCUUUCUCCAAGGUAAUUUGUUCAUCGAAACUCUCUAGAACUUGAAAUCACAUGAUCUCAAAAAUGGGUUUAUUGAUGGCAGUAUAUUGUACCAAACAAGAACUCAAAACGAGGACCAUUAGUGUUCUUUUUUGUUCCUUGCAUAAAUUCUUGCAAGUUUUUGGUCUUGGUAUCAACAAACUUCAAUUAAUCCUCUUUGAAAUGAAGAUAUAAUGAUACUAGAAGCCACAAUGCUCUCUGUUAAAAGAGCCUGAACUUGAAAUCUUUGCUUUUGUUCUGGAUAUUUUUUUAUUUUUUAUUUUUUUGGGCGCUAAAGUGGAACGAGUGCGAAGAACAUGGGACGCCUUAUUUUUCUACAACCCAAUCUGAUUAUCUUCUUAUCCUCCCAAAAGUACUCUUUUACUUGAAGACUCAUGUAGAUUCAACAUUCUCACACAAAAGCCAACCUCUAGAAGGAAAUGAUCGGUUCAUGACAUUAUUAUAUUAAGGCGUGAACUCACUCACGAAAGGAGCUUCCACUAAGAAUUCCUAGUAUAAAAGUGACCACAUCAGCAAAUUCUGUAAUAUUCCCUGCUCUGCCCAGCCAUUCCUAAUCUCUUGCAACUUGUUCUAGUGCUCAAAGUGGUCACAUGUUCUGCUUUACUGCUUAAGUCUUAGACUUCCCUCAACUUCCCGGAACGUGAAUUUCUGGCUACUCUAUAUCCCUAUGCAUGAGUCAUAGAUAAAAACAAAAUCUGUCAAAUUCCUAGUCGGGUUCUUGGAAUGUCAAAAGCGUGAACUUUGGCUAUGCCUACUGAAAAGACCUGCUCUAGGAUAGCAAGACUCUAUAAAGAGGUGAAAUAUCUCUCAUUCGGUUUCCUCUUCGUCUAAGGGAAAGGCAUAACAGAAAUGAUACUCACUCGGGUUCUUGUUCUUCUCCUUUUGUUCUCAUUUUGUUUCUUCGUUCCUCCAAGUCCGGGCAAACUGCAUAGUUACACCAAACAGAAACAUUUGCACCCAAAAUCUCGAAUUUCACUACCACCUGCGUCUGCACCAGAGGCUGUUAGCCCAAGUUACAACGUGAAUUCUGCUCCUCAUAGUCCUACUGUCUUUAAUGUACAAUCUUUUGGUGCCAUUGGGGAUGGUGUCACUGAUGACACACAAGCAUUCAAGAUGGCUUGGGACACGGCCUGCCAAUCUGAAGAAACAGGAGUUCUUCUGGUUCCUAAGGGUUAUUCCUUCCUGAUACAAUCUACAAUAUUCACAGGACCUUGUAAAUCAGGCAUCACAUUUCAGAUAGACGGGAUUAUUAUGCCACCGGAUGGGCCCGAUUCAUGGCCGAUAAAGUAUAGUAAGAAACAAUGGUUGGUUUUCUACAGAAUCAGUAGAUUGUCAUUGCAAGGGGGUGGUGUCAUAGAUGGUAGAGGAGAGAAAUGGUGGAAUCUUCCUUGCAAAACGCACAAAGGAAUUAAUAGGACAAAACUGCCAGGUCCUUGUGAUAGCCCAGUUGCCAUAAGAUUCUUCUUGAGCUCUAACUUGACUGUCCAAGGACUUAAAGUUAAGAACAGCCCCCAAUUUCAUUUUCGGUUCGAUGGUUGUCAAAACGUCCAUAUAGACUUGCUCACCAUAAAAGCCCCUGCUCUGAGUCCCAAUACUGAUGGGAUUCACAUCGAGAACACGAAUAACGUCAAAAUAUACAAUUCCAUUGUAUCCAAUGGUGAUGACUGUGUUUCAAUUGGUGCUGGUUGUUUUAACGUCGAUAUAAAGAACAUAACUUGCGGUCCAAGCCAUGGAAUAAGCAUUGGCAGUUUAGGGGUUCGAAAUUCCCGAGCCUGUGUUUCGGACAUUACAGUGAGUGACUCAGUCAUAAAGCAAUCAGAUAACGGUGUUCGGAUCAAAACAUGGCAGGGUGGAUCAGGCGCUGUAUCUGCAGUAACCUUCCAUAACAUACAAAUGGACACCGUCCGAAACCCAAUUAUCAUAGACCAAUACUACUGCCUCACCAAGAACUGCCCCAACCAAACCUCUGCAGUGUUUGUAUCAGAUAUUUUGUACACAAACAUCAAAGGUACAUAUGAUGUGAGAAGCCCCCCUAUGCAUUUUGUCUGCAGUGACUUCCUCCCUUGCACAAACCUCACACUUUCUGAAGUGGAACUACUUCCUGCUCAAGGACAUAUUUUGUCAAACCCAGUUUGCUGGAAUGCUUAUGGGAUUAUGCAGACACUUAUUAUUCCACCAGUAAACUGCUUGUUAGAGGGAAUUCCAAAGUUGAUGCCAGAGAGUGAUGUCGAUCGAUGUUAACCGGUUUGGAAUAGCUAAACUAUUACGCAAAGUUAGGUAAAUGUCAUAUAGGCAAAGGAAAGUGCUAUGGAAAUUACAAGUGAAUUAAAAAAAAAAAAAUUACAAAUGAAUUAAGAGUCUCCAUCUCUCUGUGUAAUUUGGGAUACUGGUCAAGAACAGAACGAUUUUGAAAUAUUAUGGCAUUGUGUGGACCGUGGGAGAUGUUACUACAGUUCUUUCCUAAAUCCUAACUACUGUUUCCUACUUAAAUAGUUUAGAUUUUAUGGUCUCAGAUUGUCGACAUGUACAAGUGCGCCAGGAUCUUAACCAUUUAUUUGAAAACUGUUGCUAGAAGAAUUUAAGGGAAUUUUAGAGGAUCAUCAUUCCUCUAAAGUUAUGUAAUCCAACUUGAUAAUAAACAAACAUUUAC